CCCGUGUGUUGGGCACUGUCACACAGCCCAGCCCGGUCCAUUCGCCGCGAUAGGCAAGGGAUUCCAGCAGCAUCAUCCAUUGCAGGGAUUAGAGGGACGAUCGUUCGAUCGUUCGAUCGAUCGCAUGUGCGUGUGCGUGUGUGCCACAUCCUGGCACAGCUUGCAUGGACACACCACAGUAAGUAAGGAGAACCAAGCCGGGUAUACACAAGUACAAAGGAAAUGGACUCAAAGUCCGAACCCCGACCGAUCAGACCAAGCACAGUCGAUGGAAUCUAUGAUGACUUGCAUAUGGCCCCCAUCUCAUGCUAGCCAAAUUGACAUGUUACUGUAUGUGCUGUGCUCCACACUGGCUAUGCUGUAGGUAAUACAAAUAGCAAUCAACAAUAGAAACAAAAGAAGCACACUAGAG